AUGAGCCAGCGAGCCGUGGCGGUCGCGGUGCUCUACGUCAUGAAGAAGCGAGCCAGCAAAGUUCUGAGGGAGGAUGAGGAGGAAGGCCUGUGCUGCUGCGAGUACGUGAACCGCCACGGAGAGCGCAGCCACCUCACAGCCUGCUGCUGCGACUGUGAGGACCUGGACGAUGCCUGUGACAGGUUUCUGAAGAGGGAGCCUCAGAAACCUGAAUCCCUGUCACAAGUCGCCGCCGUGGUCUCAGACCGGGUCCGUCUGCCCUGGCUGUGGGGCGGAGCCCAAAAGGUGGACCUGUCCAUCACCCCCCCUCUUAUUCUUCUCCCUGCCCUGCUGCACCUGGCCGCGCUCCAUUUCCUGCUGGGCGUUGUGGUGCUGACGGCUCUUCCUGGUUUGGUGCUGUGGUACUACUACGUCACCCACCGCAAGAAAGGACGGACGCUCUUCUUCCUCAGCCUGGCCCUCUUCUCCCUGGCUUACAUGUACUACCUGUUCGUCACGGAGGUGCUGCCCCGCGGAGAGGUGGGUCUGCUGGAGCUGGCGGCCGUAACUGCAGGCGUCCUGCUCACCCUGGCGGCGCUCGUCCUCACCAAGAGAGAUCCCGGCGUCGUUCGGCCCAACAAAGAGGCCGUCCACAGCACGGUGACGUAUUACGGCCCCAUGGCCGACAGAGACCCCUCCUUCAGCAGGGAGAGUCAGAAUGUGACCAUGACGGUGGCCAGCCGGGCAAAAGAUGGGGCGGGUCCGGUGGAGCAGGACGGGAGGGAGCGGAAGAACUGGUGCCCCACCUGCAGGGUGGCGCGUCCUCCCAGGGCAGGACACUGCCGGAUAUGCGGCGUCUGCGUGCUGCGUCUGGACCACCACUGCGUCUGGAUAAACAGCUGCGUGGGGCAGGCCAAUCACCGCAGCUUCCUGCUCACGCUGCUCUUCUUCCUGAUGACGUCCCUGUACGGGAUCAGCCUCGUCUUGCAGAGUGUGUGUCCGCAGCAAUACGUCCUCACUGCCUUACUCUACUGCCCAGGAGUCUACGACCAGUACAGCUCUGCUCUGUGCUUCACCUGUGCGUGGUACAGCAGUAUCGUGACCAUCGGGCUGCUCCACCUUCUCAUCGUCCAAAUCGUCAACAUCAGCUACAAUGUGACGGAGCGCGAGGCACGAGCAGCCCUGAGAGAGAAAACUGCUCGCAGCGCCUGCUGGGGACUUGUUGUGGACACUGGAGUUUACUCUCAAGGCUUUCGGGGCAACUGGUCUGAGUUUGUGGCCAUGGGGGAAAAACUGACCCCCCCCUCUCCCACAGACCUGGUGUGA